CCCCUUCCAUCCCUUCCUCCGCUCCCCCUCUCUCCCCCGCCUCCACCCGGCUCCGGCCCGCCCAACGCCCGCAGCAUGUUCGAGCGGGAGGGCGGCUGGAGCUUCUCGUUCUCGGGCUCGGGGUUCCUGGGGCUCUACCACGUGGGGGUGACGGCCUGCCUGGACGAGCGCGCCCCGCACCUGUUCCGCGGCGCCGACAAGAUCUACGGUUCUUCCUCCGGGUCCCUGAGCGCCCUGGGCUGGGUCUGCGGGAAGUCGGCGGAGUUCUGCUGCAACAUUCUCAUGAACACGGUCAAAGAGGUAAGGGGCAGAAGCAUCGGGGCGUUCCAUCCAUCAUUUGAUGUAUUCCGGAUUGUGAAGAAAGGUCUUCUUGAGCAUCUGCCCCACAAUGCUCACAAGGUGGCCUCGGGCAAGCUGGGCAUCUCUCUGACCCGGUGGCCAGAUGGUCAGAAUGUGGUAGUCACCGAGUAUGCCACCAGAGAUGAGCUCAUCCAGGCUGUGCUUUGUAGCAUGUAUGUCCCCCUGUACUGUGGCAUCAUCCCUCCUUUGUACCGAGGACAGCGCUACAUAGAUGGGGCAUUUAGCAGCAUCAUGCCCUUCGGCGAUUCCCGGACGACCAUCACCGUCUCCCCAUUCCCGGGGACCAUCGACAUCUGCCCCCAGAGCCGCUCCGCCAGCUUCCAUGAGGUCAACGCCUUCUACUCCAGCUUCCAGAUCUCCACCGAGAACUUCCACCACGCAGUGCUAUCCUUCUUUCCCCCGGAACCCAAGGUCAUUUCUAGCAUUUGCAAACAGGGUUACCUGGACGCUUACUGCUUCCUGCAAAGACAUGGGUUGGUGAAACAGUCAGCCCUUUAUGUCACCCCAUCCACGCUCGGGAUGAAGCCUCCAGCUCCCGCUGCUUCCGGGGGCGGUGACGGAAUGGGAGGUGGUGAUGCUGCCGGAGGGGAGAUGGCAGGGCAGGGGGAUGGACGUCCGGCUGUGUGGCUGAAAGCGGGCCUGCAGGCCAGAGAUAUUCCAGACUUUGGGCUUGUGUCUCCUGAAUUGGAAAAAGCCCUAAGGAAAGCAUGUGAGGAGGACAAGAGACUCUUCGCCCGGUUUUCCCGCUCCCUCCCUGGCCACGUGCUGACUUAUCUCACGCUGCCCUGCAUCCUGCCACUGCAAUACGUUUAUUUUCGCACCCAAAGGUUCGUGCAGUGGCUGCCGGAUCUCCCUGAUGACAUGGUGUGGAUGGCGGGGGAACUGAAGGUGUUCAGCUGCUUCAUCUUCUCUCGCCUCAGAGCACGGCUCCUCAGAGCCCCUGGGUCCCAGGAGCAGCUCAGAUUCCUCCCCCAUCCAGUGCCAGAGCCUCCUGGCCUUCACCCUCCGCCUCUCCAGGCUUCCGGAGAUGCUGUUGGGGACCUGGGGACGGCGCCAUCCUGGGCAGCAGCGAGAACAGAGCCGCAGGAAUCAGUCUCAAACACUGUUGAUUCCCUGGCCCCACCAGGCAUUUGCAGGGCAAGGGCUGAAAAAGGCUUUGACUCAGUCAGUCAGUCAAUCAGUGGAAUUUAUUAAGCCCUGUGCUGAGCGCUUGCAAGAGGC